AAACCAAAACGGCGGAGAGCCAAUGCAAAGCAAUUGGAGGUCCUGAAUCGCGUGUUUGAGCGAACAUCGUUUCCUACGACUCAGGUGCGGAAUGAACUGGGGCAGCAACUGGGUAUGAGUCCCAGGACGGUGCAGAUCUGGUUCCAGAACAGACGCCAGGCCAUUCGUAUGCAAGAAAAGAAGCAACCCAAAGAA